GAUUUCUAGAUAAAUCUAUAUACUAUCUACUAGAUCUAUCUAGGUACUGAAACCUUGAUUAAAUUAAUAGUUAAACUACUUAGUAUAGUUAGUAGAUCUAGAUCUAGUAGUUAGACUAGUUAGUUAAUAGUUUGUAAACACUGAAGUAAAAGAAAAUCUGUUUUUGCUGAACCAGUAAAUAUUUCCCACGAUGAUUGCCUUAGCUGGGCCAGCAGGGUUUUAUGGAACACCUGUGACCAAGAUUCUUUUGUGCCAUGGUAUAAUCAGUUACUUUUUGUUUACCUUCCCACUGCAGCAUUUUCAUUACUUGUUUCAUUACAACCAAGAUGUCUUUGCAAAGCAACAGUUGAAGAAAAUGUUUAUGUCCAAACUUGUUUUCUUGGAUUUACCUGAUUUAAUCUUCACAUCGCUGCUUAUCUACAACUUCAGAAUCUUUGAAAGGCGAUUUGGUUCAAGAAAAUUUGUGUCUCACCUAUUGGCUACUCUGAUUUUGAGCAGUUUGUUGGAGCUGGUGGUUUUUUCAGUUCUCAAUAAGCUGGACAUCAGAUUAGGAGAUAUGCCAACUGGCCUAUUCAGCCUGGCUUUCCCGCUGUAUGUCCCUUUUUAUUGUACAGUACCCAGAGUGGCACUGAUCAGUUUAAUGGGUGUGCCAGUUACUGGUAAAACACUUAACUACAUCCUCGGACUGCAAAUGGCCAGCUCUAAAGUGGAGAACAUGCUAGUAGUUUCCUGCGCAAUUGUAGCUGGGAUGCUAUGGAGAAUCAACUUUUUGAAAAUUCAAAAUUUCCUUCAAGUACCAAAACUUGUGGGUAAUCAGUUUGACUACUGCUUGGGUCGGUAUUUAGAAUCACCUGACUCACAAACCACAUCAUUGCCCAUGGGAGCAACUUUAGAACUUCAGCAGAGGGAGAGGCUGGACAGACUGGAGCAGCAGAUGAUGUUCUCAGCCAUACAGUCAAGCAGAAGAAUGGAUAUUGGUAGACCACAACCCUUGAAUUUGGGCAAUAGCAUAUUUGGUAACUUAAAUGUUAACAGAAACCCAGGACCAAAUUUACAGCCAACAACCAAUGAUGCAAGCUUGGUAGACACUACUGAGAGUGUUGUUUCUGAAGAUCAGGUAAAACAGUUUGUUGAAAUGGGAUUCAGUGAUGCAAGGGCUAGACAGGCACUUCGGUCAGCAAAUAACAAUCCAAGGCUGGCCACCAAUUUUUUGCUGCAGGAUAUGUGAUGGAAAAUUAUGUCUAAAAUGAUUACCCAAGCUUGCAUGCUGUGAAGUGUAUUUAAAUAUUUUCAUUGUUACAUAAUGAAAAUUGUGUUCUUGAUCGACAAGUGGUCAUUAAUGCAUGAUGUGAGAUUCAUUGUCGCUAUAGUUUAGGAUAAACAAACAUAGCGAUUCAGAAUGUUUUAAGUUAAGUUGGUUUUAUCGAAAUUUAAUUAAGUUUUUUAAAAACAUUUUCUUUUCCAAAAUAAAUUUGGAUCUUGUGUUAUGAACUUAGUUAGUAGACACUAUUCAUCAUCUUGGAAUCUUUUUCUUUAUAAGUUCCCAUUAUAAUUUAAUUAUCACUCUGUUUCAAAUCUAAAAUAAAUUUGUAGUAAAAAAAAUUAAAAUAUUUUCUUAGCCUUUAACUCACAGGUCCAACCAAACUUUAACUUUCAUGCAGUUGUUUAAUCUUAGCAGGAUAGACUUAAUAAAACUGACCAGGGUAAAUUGAGGAAGAUAUAUGCUGCUACAUAACACAUCUUUAUAAACACAAAAGUAAGAUGUUCUGUUUACAAGCAGUUGAAGCUCUAAUUUUUUCAGUCAUUUUAAAAUUAGGCAGCCUUGUGUGAAUGUGUGGGUAGUUGUGUCAUGUCUUGGCCAUAUGUUUGUUGGAUAAUUUGUAAUCCCUGACCUCACUAUUCUAAUACUUUAACAUACUUACUGAUGUUAAGCAGGGCAACAAUGACUCAAUGUUAUGUCUUAGCUGAAAAGCUUGUAUUGUACAGUCAUGUCUAUUUUUAAAGUUUAUUAUUUAUUUCAUGAAACUGCUCACCUUAGAUGGAACAUGAGUCUUUUUGCAAAGAUUUUUCAAAGAGUUUUCUAUUAAACUCAAUCUUUAGCCUUUUGUUUUGAGUUUGGGUGUAACUGCAAUAUUUAAAAAAAAGCUAUUAAUGUUUUUUAGUUUCUGAAACCUUCAUGACUUCUUCAUUAGCUAUUUAAUAGACUGUGAAAACAUCCCAAAUUUAAAAUACUUUAACUCUGAGGUGGCUGUUUUUUUACAUGAUUAUUUUAAGACCCUGAAACACAUUUGGAUUUAUCACUUCCCUUAAUUUAAUGUAUUUUAAAAGCAGAAACAUUGAACAUACUAUAACCAUGUUAAAAUAAUACAAUCAAAUUAACCAAAGAAUAGCUUUAAAACUGGGGGGAAAACUGUAAAUUCCACCAAUAUUGAACAAAUCUAGUCUUAAACAGGGCUAAAGAAAGAGUACAUUUAAUAAUGGUAACCGAAAUAGAAUGCAAAGAAAAUAGAUCCACUGUCAAGAUGAGUCAGUUU